UCCAAAGUCGUUUUCGUUUCAAGCGGAGCAUUAUUUUCCCCCCGUUUGUUUGCUCGGAACCACAAGCGAGCAGGCGAAAGGAGAUCGAAUGAUGCGUAUUAUUUAAAAGCACUGUCAAAGGAGUGACGCGCAAAUAAACCGAUCACACAGCCUGGCGGUACGAUGUUCUUCAACGUUGACCAUGACCGAAAAACUAGAAGCGCGUAUCGCUUGGCGACGUGUGUGGGCCUGCAUUGUGUGAUAAGUGAUCUCUGGAUGUAGGAAGUGCAACAGACAAGUGAUUUCUUCGUGUUAUCGCCACCUCACCGCAUGGCGUUCAAGUUGGCUCUUCGUGCCUCCAGCCUGAUGUUAUGAACCUUCAAAGUCUCUUUGAAGACUUCAAUCCUAGUCGUUUUCUAGUUCACUGCUGCCUAUUAGCGUUCACGCUACUCUUCUCGCUGAGGCUCGAUGGCGUCAUCUCAUGGAACUACUGGGUCGUAUUCCUUCCCCUUUGGAUCUGGAAGUUUAUGGUCAUCGUUGGAGCCGUUGUGGGCAGCUAUGUGUGGUGGACGCACCCACAAUACAGGAAUGAAGGGGAUGGUCGGGUCCACUACCAGGCCAUGGUCAUCAGCCUGUUCCUUCAGUGUCUGCUUCUCGUCUUUGAGGUGCUGGCCUGUGACAACCUGCAGAAUGACAGACACCUCUGGACACUUGUCUUUAUACCGCUCAUCUUCAUCUCUGUCCUCUCUAUCGCUGUGUGCAUCUGGGCCGUCAAGCACGACCGCUCGUUUGAGUUGGAGCUCUUCUGUUCUGUGAACGUGCUGCAGUUUAUAUUCCUGGCUCUCCAAUUGGACAAGUUCAUCCAGUGGAGCUGGGUGGUGGUUUUCGUGCCAUUGUGGAUAGUAAUGUGCCUGGCAGUGAUUGGGGUGCUCUAUGCUAUCAUCUUUGCGAGCAUCCUGUUGAGAACGCCUGAAGUGAGUCCUGAGCAGCGACGCACUAGCCUACACUCGGCCGUCUCCUACAGCAUGAUCGUGGGCCCCCUCCUUGUGUUCCUCGUGUUGCUGUCGAAUAAACUGGACACAGAGGACAGCCUUGGUUACACGGAAACUUGCACGCCCCUCUAUUUCACGUUCCUUGUUCUCAUCUUCCUGUCCUUUGGAUCCAAAGGGGGGAACCACUGGUGGUUUGGAAUCCGUAAGGACUUCUGCCAGUUCCUGUUGGGAGCUUGCCCACUACUUCAAGAGUACGGUAACAUUUCCUACAGCCUGCACAACAACGAAGCUGACAGCCCACCCUCAGUCGAUGCUGUUACCACUUUGGAGGUCAAGUCGAUACCUCGGCAGCGUCCCCGGAGUUCGGUGCUUGCCGAACCACGUCCCAUUGUAGCGGCGCUUGCUAUUGACACGCCUGAUUGAUAGCGCCGGCAAACAAGAGUUAGUUCUUUUUUUCCUCUGUAGUCGGAAAGCUCGCUGAGAAAAAGUAUGGGCCACUUUGAACCGAGGCAAGUGCUCAGUUCAACAUGGAUGUAUGGAGUUGUCUUUAUUUUGAGCAGUUGUACCGUAGCCUUGGGAAUUCAAUGCGAAAGCAUGUACUGUAAUAUGCAUGUACUGGAAAACAUCACGCCACCCCCAAACUUAAUCUAUCAACGCUAUACCACGCUCCUUCCAUGCAAGUGCUAGUCUUUUAAACAGUACCAUGAUCACUUCUACGAUCAGUAAAAAUAUUCACUGCUGGUGAAGUAGCACUGUUGUGGCAGAUAUUGUUACUUGAGGUACUAAUGAAUAUGGAAGGAAUUAUGUGACAUGGAGAAAAAAAAAUGUUCACGGCGAAUGUCUUAACACUAUGCAUAGCUCAUGUAGCAAGUAUCUUGCUUGCAAUUCUCAAGUGAGGCAUUCGCUUUACUAAGCUGCACUGCAAUGCACCUGUGGCACACAGUAAAGCAUGCUAAUGGUGAAAGGAGCUACCACUUAGUGCCUAUGUACUACUGUAGAACCCCUUUAUAAAAGAAGAGGUGGUAUAAAAGACACCAGUGUGCCUACAGUAAGAUACAAGGUGAUAGGAAAAUGCAUACGAGGUCUUCUGCCUACAAUAGACAUUGCAUAUAAAAGACAAGAAUUUCUGCUCGGAGCAUGCCUCGUAUAUAGGGGUUUAACUGUAGUUGAGGCCUAUAUCUUGUGUCAGAUUACCAAUUCACUAUUUUGUGAUUCCCUUCAGAUAUUAUUUUUUAUAUGUCCAGGUAUGGCUGUAUCACUGUGCAGGUUCAACUGUACAGCUAUAAUUGCGACCGUUUGUGUUCCUCCACUUUUACACCAACUCACUGAGGAGAAAAAAAAGGCGCAGCCUCACGUGCUUCCUUAAUGAUUUUAAACUCGGAUGGUCGUAGAAAGGCAGCAUUCUUUUUCAAGUUAAAAAGGCACUGUAGAAAAAUGAUUCCACGUUUAGCUAUACUGGUAGAUUGAAGAACUGGUACUGUAAUUACAGCAAGGCAUUUAUAUGACAAACUGUUAAGAGUAGCUAAUACAGGUGUCGCACAGUGUACUGCAGAUCACAAUGGACCUUUUUCCUAAUCGUAAAGCUACCUUCCCCACUAUGCAGUUUGUCCUCUUGCUGAAAACAGUGUAUUCGAGCACAGUUUGCUUAUGGUAUGAGGUGGAAAACAUAGACUCUCCUGUGUUGAUAUAGACGAGGAUUAUAGAAAAGCUAGGGCUUUAUCUAGGGCUUUGUCUCCACUUGAAGCAUCACCGGUGCUGCCAUUAGUAGGGUGAAUAUGCAUUGCAGAGAAGCGCACUUAAGAAUUAGGGAAAUCUAAGUGAUUGGCUCCCUUUUGCAGCUUGCCUAAAGGAACCAAUCACGAUCAAGAUGCUCGAUCUGUAGUGUGCCUGAUUGCAAUUGAAAAUCACCGUGUGACACCAGUAUAAAUUACUCGACUAAGAUGAAUUAAAGUCUUUUGUUGCUGCCAUUUCCUUGUUAUGACUAUCUAAAUUACUUUGGAAUAACUGUUCAUAUACUUUAACUUUGUUUUUGUGUACGUAUACUUUGGAAUAACUGUUCAUUUACUUUAACUUUGUUUUUAUGUACGUAUGACCUUCAUGGCUUGCUAUGGCUACAGAAUUCAGGGUGCUGCAAUAUGGCAAGCUUACGAAAGGUCCUGACACCACAUAAGAGCUGCGCAAGGUUGUUUUCCGUUACCACUUUGUAACUUAAGGCACUUUCGUUUGGCUCUUUCUGCAUUACUCCUAUUGAUGAAUGUUGCUUUAACAGAUGCAGCUUCAAAAUAUUCAAGCAACAAAUAUAGACUGAGUGAGAAGGACAACAAUGAGGUUGUGAAUGCAACAUUUGAUGCAGCACUUUCAAGCCUGUUUCACAGACAUAUGAGGCACCAUUGAUGUCUGGUGUAAUAUAAUGAUUCUGAUUAUUUUUUAUUUCUUCUAAACUCCAUACAUUCUUUAUUAGUGGCUUGUACAAAUUAGAUACUCUUACUGUUAUCUCCAGAACUUGUGCACUGGAUCAUUGCAUAUGAAUGGAUUUGAGUAGCUGUAGGUGGGUGUGAUUACUGUGGAAUAUGGCAAAAGCAAGCAAGUAUGAAGUUUUAUUAGUGUUGUGAAGGAAGAAAGUAGAGGUGUAGGGUUCUUGACUGUAUUGGGUUCUCUUGCACCACCUUUACAUGUUACUUUUACACACUGUUGCUUACAUUUGACAUUGUCAACGUUAAGGAACACCGAAGGGAAAUAAAAAGUUAGCUUAUACCUCUGUCACACCAGACGUUUUAAUGUCACUUUAAUGGAAUGAAAUUCACACCUAAUGGCAUCAUACGGCUGCUACACAUAUAUAUAUAUAUAUAUACUUUCAUUAGAAUCGAGUGAGUUAAGCCAUCAAAUGAGUUGGAGAAACCCAUACGCUGUUGCAGUCAAACUGAAUGUUUACAUUCUAAACCAGAGACUACGUAGAGGGGUGGCAUUUGGCAUUCUCAAUUGACCAACAUUUAUGCAAACACGCUAUUGAUGCUGAUUUUUCAGGGUAUCUAUCAUUUUGACGCGGACAAGAGUACGGAAGAACAAACUUCCUAUUCUAAGAAGACAUCCUUUCUCACUCUCUACUACAAUCGCCAACAUAGGGGAACGCAAGUUCAUAUUUUGCACUCGUUAAUAUUUGGUCGAUGUUUGAUUCCAGUAAAGAUGGUUUUAUCUUUCAGACGGAAUCUGAAAAUCGUUGUAAGAUGCGGGUAGGUGUAAAACUGCGUUGUAUAACUAAGGUUUUCAGUACGUUACUUUUAUGGAAAUUAUGCCAGGACCAAACCAAUUCGUCGUAAAAUGCGAGUCGUCGUGAAACCGGGAGACGUAUAAUCGUGUACCUUGCAGUUACCUGCUUCAUCUCUUUGGCAAUUUUUUUUCUCAAAUAUAGACAUUUAUAUUGUGAAGGAAUGGCAUUGCUUUAUUCCUGUGUAGCACCACCACGGAUCGAAUGACACUUGAACCUAAUAACAUUAACACCUCGAGUGUGACAGGGGUAUUAGACUGACAAUUUAUACUGUGGAGAAUGCAGUGUUGUUAAUCUCCCCACUAUAAGUUUAUCAAUGAAUGAAAAAAAUCACUUAAGAAGUUUAGCUUUUAAGUUUGACAGAUUUCAUCCCGAACUUCAAAGUGCUUUUCGUGUUUUGGCCACAUUGGCUCCAUGAAUUUUCCCGAAACUUGGCAUGUCAAGUCUCUGGCUUCCUGAGAAAACACUCUAUGUCAUUUUUAUCGAUAUGAACAACGUAGGCUUUAGUAUAAAGGGCGUGCAAAUCAGUGACGUCACGAUGACUAGUGCGGAAUGCCACCCGCAUUUUAUUAUUGUGCGUUCGCUUGCUUGCCAAGCUUUUUCUUGCAGCAAGCGUGAUGUUUACAUAAAAAAAUUUGUUUUGCUAUUUAGUGCCCUUAAAGGUACAAUGCCGGUUGCAUGAAAUGCACCCUCUCCCUUAACAGUAAUUAUCGUGGUAACCCAAAACAGGUUUUACGCCUGUCCCAUGGAUUCUUUAAAGAGUUUGGUGUAAUGGAAUAUAUGAGAGUGAGGCUUUUUUCUUCACCUGUCACAUGUUAGACUAGUGUUACCUUUGCUCAAACUAAACAAUCGAAGUGGGUGCAAUGAAAUGAAAUUUUCAAGUGAGCAUGUUUUGUUGUUUUGGCAGCAUUACUUCCAUCGCUGAGUACAUUCACUACGUAGGACAAUGAGAGUGCUGUGAAGUUAAGGAAAAACAAUAAAAAAUGAUCUGAAACCACAGCUGAACAUAGUGUUGCGAACUUAGUUAACUCUAAAGAAAUGUGUUUCUGAAGGUGGCACGCAAAAAAAAUUGUCUUUCGCUAAUGUUGAACAAUUGUUAUUACUUCGUUUGCCUAAAGCUUGGUGAGCGCCUUAUGCAGGAUACAAAUUUUCUAAUGCUUUGUAGACAAUGGUUAUAAUAUAUAUUUUUGAUUGACUAAAACAGCUUGUGGUAGUGCUGUUAGAACUAAGGUUUUUUUUUGUGUGUGCAGUGAAUCCACAUUUUAAACUAAGUAACCGCAUUCAUUGCUAUUUGCUAUUGCACUUUUCGUGUGCUCACAUUAGUUUUUGGCUCUGAUUACAAUUUUCCUUAAGAUUUCGCACUCUUCAUAGUUUGGAAAGCAGGUAACUGCUCUGUACGCUGUUUUCCCGUGAUGUGUUAUGACGUCACUUGUGACGUGCGUACCAUGAGAGACUGGGUAGUUAAAACGGGCGAAUAUGUCUGCGUGCUUCCUGCUAAAAAUGCCAACUUAUGCUUUAAAAACUACAUGGUACCACCCAACGCCCAUUCACCCAACCAUUUUUUGUCUUGUUUCAUUGCUGUCGCAACACUGUUUUCUUCCUAUAGUUUCAUUUUAAAGGGGCCAACAACUGGCCAUAAUGUGACGUUAGAUCCUGAUUGAAUGAAGGGACCGUGAAUUAUAAUGAACAGAUUCAAGCAUCCUUUUUACUGUCUCGGUAAGACUUCUAAUUUUAAAUUGUGUGUAAACGUAACAACAUCCUUAUUGCCACGCAGCCUUGCAGAAGAGCCUUGAGGCUGGAUUAUGGAGUCAUUCACUUUACUGUAUGCAGUCUGAUGCUUUUAUGCACACCAUAAUUAGAUUGUGUAUAUUAUUGUCUGUCCCCACUUUAUUUCGUGUUGCUUACAAGGUAGAAGGAGUUGCACACUGUGAAGCGACGCUGCCUUUGUGUUAAUAAAGAAGCAAUCGGAGCGACGGUGCAUGAUUAGGUUGUCGCUUACGCAAGUCGCUGUCCUGUUCAAGUCGCUGUUUAAAGCAGGUGUUGUGCAUAUUGAACUUUGUAGUCGCCUGAAGUUUAGAAGUUUUGAUUGUAACUGUUUCAUGUUUUCCACGUUAUAGUCCUGUGAUCAGACACUCUGACUGGUAACCUUUCUUUUGAACUAAAUGGAACAGGUACCAUAAAAUUUGGUUGUCGGCCCUUUUAAAAAUGUCCAUUGAAGCCAGCCACUUCUGAAGCUCAAGUCCUUGCACUAUCCGGCCCUCUGAUUUGAUGGAAAUUUCUCCCAAGCACCCACUUACAAUCACUCAAUCAUUGUGCUGGCACUUAUGUGCAGUUGGUAGAUUUUUGCAACAUUCUUUCUUUUACUUUGCAGCUUUAUAAACUAUUGCAGGCUUCUUCGCUAAAUCAAAAAUCUAAGCAUAUCGACUUCCACAUUAGUAGGAAGUCUCUCAAGGGACCCCGUAAAAGAGGGCAGGGUGACAGACAAGGCUGUCCACUACUGCCUUUGGUAACGAUACUAUGGCUUGUUUUUGAACGUUUCAUAGAUAAUAUAUUUUUGUGGUGUUUCAAUGAUGCAGUGAGACACAAAAUGGAUGGUUGAAUGAGGCAUUGUUAUUUGCGUUAUCCUGACAGUUCUGGGUGUUGCAAGAAAAUUUUCGAUUGGAAGUAUUAUAUGUAGAUGCCAAAGCUGACAAAUGUUAAUCAGAUAAAUGUUUUUCUUUGCGUCAUUCAAGUUCCCAUUGAAAGCAACUGAAUUCUGUAUUUGAGCGGCAUGCUCACUGGGACUUCAGAAAACAGGUGUCGCGACUUCUCUUGAAAUUUUUGAUUGCUACAGACCUCGCAUGUGACUGGUGAUAAGGGACAAUUAUGUUUGGGUUGGGGUAUAGUGCAGCGAGAUAGAGUACCCGCACAAUACUGCACAUGGGAUAGCACAAAGGCCGCCGUCAUAUGCAGGCUUAUGUCGUGCUAUGCACGAUUUUUAUUUUAAAAGCCUGCUCGUGAUUAGUUAAAAAACAAACAAAUGACAUUAGCUACAAUUAGCAAAAAGGAAACCGGGCGGGGCAAUUGCCUGAAAAUUAUGCAAGGCUAGGUCCGCCGGCAACCUACAACAUCCUUAAUCUUAACCGCUGUAAGUAGUUACUGAUACUGUGUAGACACCGUUUGUUAUUGGGGCAAUGUUUUUCUUCUUGCGUUGCUUUGCCAUUAUAGAGUGUGAGGAGUUAUUGGUAUUUAUGGCAUGGUGUUCAAGUCCAGGACUGAUGUGUAACUAGCUUGAACAUGUUGUCUAGCUUGUGUAAACAUAAACAUGGGGAAGACAGUGUGCUUUGCAUUGGAAUCGUAUGGUACUGCACGGCGUGCUGUGAAUAUCAUCAGCACAUAAAAAGCACUUGUGCCUUACACAGUUUUCUGUCAAGGCACAACACUUGGGCCUGAAACAAACUGCAAAAGUGGCAUCGAUGCAGUGACCUUUCCAAUGGCUGAACAGCGGCAGGCAUGGGCUUGUCUGCACUGAGGAUUUAUUUGUUGCUUUGUGUGACGGCCAUUAUUUUUGUUCUCUUUGUUAUUUAACACUUAGAGUGUUGUUAAUGUUGAAUUCCUGAGCUUUCCCUUGUACACAUCGUGUGUUGUUCCUUUAGUGUUGUGUCAAUGUUAGUUGCAUGCUAUUAUGUGUUGAUUUUGAUUGAAUGAAAACCCUUUUCACUGUUUGUUUUGUUAAUGCUGGUCUGAUCAGCUAACUAUGCAUAUCACUAUGCUUAUUCUACCCUCUCUCCAGAAUUUUUAUUCUGCUUUGUCAGGAUUGCACUGCGUACACUGCUAUGCAUUUCUACACAUAGAAUUUAUGGCUCUCGGUUUGUCUUCCCACUCCUGUAUUGAGCAUAGUUGCAAAUAAUGCAUUUAUGCAGCACCUGCUUUAGAUAAUAUCUCAAUAUUGUGUCAAGCAUGUGUUUUUGUACCAUGUUUCUGUGUCGACAGGUAAAUUGUCCCAAAAAGAGCAAAGCAAUACUGAAAGUCACAUAUAAAAACAGGCAGAUAAAUUACUUAUUUGCCUAGAAGUAAUGGUUGUUAGCGGUACUACAAUGCAAUUAGGCUGUUCAGGCAAUAAAGAUGGCCACACACCACAAAUGCAAACCCAGCUGACUGGGUGACUUGAAAUGCAAGUGUGUAUUUUAACAUUCUACUAAGGCACAAACAAUAAAAAAUUCAUGUUAUGUCACAUUGAA